CUCCGUGUAUGAUCAUAUCCUGCUUACUUCCUGUUUUAUAUAUCGAGGCGGUAAGUGGAUAUGUGCUUGGCAGAGAAGCUAGUGGAAUAAUUAUCAUAAUUAUACAGCAAAGGAGUAGGAAGGUCUCGGUUGGCUGGCUGUUGACUGCUAACUUCUAGUGAUGUAAUUUCACAGCCAAGAGUUGUGUAAAAUCAGGGAUUAUGUGUGAUGAGGUUCUGAAUAAUUAAACAUACUGUCAGAAGCAUUUAGAAUGUCUGAGGAGGAUCCUGCUAGUAGCAUAAGACAACUCCCACCAGGUCAACUAGACAUCAUACGCAAGAGAUUUGAAUCGGAUAGUGAGAGUCCACAAGUAGCAGAAAAUGGUGUUCAACUUAGAUCUAAACCUCCUUCACAUGCAAGUCCUGUUCAUGAGAGGCCAACAACAACAGUUCUUGACUCUCCAAGGAGAGCAAUGAACAGGGAAGGAGUACGUCCCAGAAGUGCAGCAUUCAUCCCUAGUUCUUCCCCCAAACUGUCAAAAGUAUUGAACAAAUUUGAGGCUAAAGGGAAUGGAGAAAAUCUCAAUACUCCUCCAAACCCCAGGCCUAGAGAACCAAGCCCUCAAAAGUUGACCCCUGCAAAACCUGCUUUAUCAAAGAAACCUAGUUUUACAAAGGAUAACAAUGAAAAACCUCCCAUAUCAAGAAAACCAAGUCUUUCAACACCUGGUGAUAAAAAGAAACUUAUUCCAAGAGCAUCAAGUGUAUCAUCUGAAGAGGAAAAUGAGAAACAAAGCAAGUCAGUUGCUGGUAGUGUUGUGCAGCGUAGAACACAAAUGUUUGAAUCGGGAGAUUCUCCAUCAGUGACAAAUGUAAAAAGUACCCCUCCCCCUAGACCUGCUCCUCCAUCAAAACCUACUUCACGUCCCCCAAGUGUAGGGUCUGAGGAACAAGAAGGACCAGUGUAUAGUGAAGUCAUUAAAAGAAAGAAACCUUCAGGAGACGAAGACAGCAACUCACAGUAUUGUGAAGCAUGGGACCAACGCCCGGUUAGCAAACUUAUUGGUUCCCCAGCCAAACAGGUGAAUGCUCGACCCCAACCUCCUCCCAAGAAACCCCCAAGAACUGGUGCACAUGAUGAAUACAUGCAACUGAAGAAACAAGGUGUAACUUUCCAACUUUAUGAUGAUGUACCAGAUGAAGGAGAUUCACCUGUGUACAAAAAGAUCACCAAACCUUCACACAAAGAUUCACAUUCUAAACCCGAAAUCCGAAUGGCCCGCCCUAGUAGACCUCCUCCACCAAGAGUUCGACCUGUGACAAUUUCAGGAGAAUCCAUCAGUAAGGAGGAAUCAAGUGUCCAAGGCGAAUUGCCCCAUAAACCUUUUUCUUUGUCUAGUCUAAACAUUUACGAAGAAGUGAAUGGUGGUGACUUCAGUAUUAGCAAUAUCAAGCAUUGGGAUUUACCCACACCUGCACCACCGGAAACCACAUCCAUUACCAGACAUGGUUCCUCCAACCUUAAACGUAGCCUUAGCAUGGACAGUUUAAUGGGAAAUCCAGUGUAUUGUGAUCCCGCCUUGACAGUAAACUUUCGUGAUGACAGUGAGAUAUAUGUGGACAGUGCAGGGUAUGCUAUGCCCCUGGGGUCGCCCACACAUAAAACGCUGGGGAAUUCUGCUUCCCUUGAUACAUAUCCAACAACUGGAGGGAUUUGUCGUCCAAUCAGCCAUGCUGUAAUGAAGCAGCUGAAGAAGUUAAAACCUGGCAUCAAACCGAAGCGAGCCACGGCCCGAGAAAACUGGAAGAAACUACAAAACGUGAAGAUGAAAAUCAACCUAGCAUUUGCUGUUGUCCGCCAUAUGAAAGGUGAACACAAGACAGAAUCAGCCGGGGAAAGUUCUGAUGUUGACAGCCUUGUAGAUGAAAAUGAGAUCAAGAAGAGACUUGUCCAUUGUGGCAGUGUUAGAAAAAAUACGAGUAAAAGUAUCCGCAGAGCUCAGAAGGUUCAAACCCAGACGUACAACCAGAUGUUUGAUUUCUGUCUCAUCGUGGGACUACAUACGAACGACGACUACAAGACAUUUCAACCGAAAAUCAUCUACAAAUUCCCAGACUUAGGAAAGCUACAGAUUGACACUGAUGGCCAACUGUCAAUCUGUAGACAAAGGGUUGAAAGCAAUGCCAAUAUUCCUGCUUUCUGUUUUCCGGAUGCUGAGGAGUUUGAUGUCAAAUCAGCAUCUGCUGCUGCUCCAAGUGAAUCCUAUUCAUUUGUGUUGACCAAUGUAGAGGGAGAAAGAGUGUAUGGCUACUGUAGAAGAAUGGUGCCAUUCUGCAGUAAGGCGGGUCUCCCAGAGGUGAUCUGUAUCAUUAGUCCAGUGGAUGCAUUCAGUAUGUACAAUGAGUUGUUGGAUGCUGCGGAGGAUCGUCGGCAUAAAUCAGUAGAUCUGGCCAAGGAAUUACUGUCAGCAGCAUUUGGUAGACCUUUACCCGAACCUGGGAAAGUGGUGCAAGUCAGGACACUGGAUGAAAACUGGGACACAGGGACAAUUCUGUUAUCCAGACCUGAGGAUUUCCGUGUAGACAAUGUGAAUAGAGAGUACCUGUUAUCUAAGCUAGGAGUAGACAAGCUCCUGAAGCUUUUCUCUUGCAUGCUGCUGGAGAGAAGCAUUUUGUUUUGUGCCAAAAAUCUCAGCAUUUUAUCUCAGACAAUCCAUGCCUUAGUUGCCCUGCUGUACCCGUUCCGAUGGCAGCACACCUACAUCCCCGUUCUACCGGAGUCCAUGUUAGACGUCACAUGUUCACCCACGCCUUUCAUUAUCGGCAUCCUGUCCUCUCAUCUACCCUACGUUCAAAAACUUCCCAUCAGUGAGAUUGUAAUUUUUGACCUGAACAAGAAACAAAUGUUGAAAAGCCAGGGAGACGAAGGAACGUUAUUGCCAAAAGACAUUCAAAAAGCUCUGAAAACUGCACUAAACAUGUGCAAAGUAGAUGCAGAUGUAAAAAUGGCCUCCAAUCUGAUGAUGUCAGAGGCCUUUCUACGCAUGUUUGUGGAGGCAGUCGGCCAUUACGCAGAGCACAUCCCUACGCAACAAGAUGGGAAACGAGUUUUCCUGAAGGAGCAGUUUAUUCAUGACGCUCCCACCGACAGCAUGGCACAGUUCCUGCAAUGGUUCUGUGAGACUCAGAUGUUCGACGUCUUCAUCACAGAUCAGACCGAGAGAAACCAAUCGGCCAAAAAGAAGAGUAAAACUAUAGAAAUAUUUAACCAAAGAAUAGCAGAAGCAAAAGCUGAAAUGCAGGACAAGAAGGCAGGGAAGAAAAAUAAAGGACUUUUAAAAAUCUUAAUGCCUUGAGAUGUGAGAAUGCUUUUAACAUUGUUGGAAUCUUCAAAAUGAGAGAAUGUGAUUUGUUGAUAAUCUGUGAUAAAAAAAAUUACAGGGUCAUUUAAAGUUUGAGCAGUUCAACUGCUUUGGUUUACAUUCCUGGUACAGUGUAUGUGAUAAAGACAUGGAAGAUUUAAGAGAUAAGAUUUAUUGUUGUCUAUAUGUGUAAAAAUACUGCCGUGAUGCAAAUUGUUCAGUUGUACCGGGAGAUAAAAUCAAUUCAUCUGAUACAUGUACCUCAAGCAAAUCUACUUAUCAUUUGGUACUUAAUUCUUUCUAUAUUGUUGUAUGUUCUUUUUUUUUAAAAUAACUUUAAAUUAAAUGAAUUCUGUAAACAUACUUUAUUUAGCAGUAAUCAUAUUCUAGCAAUUUAUGUUUAAAUUCUUUUAUGCUGUACAUGUAUAUGGCAUAUGUAUUUCAAUUACAUGUAAAUGCUGAAAUACAUGUAUUAUAAGAAACACUCCAAAUUAUGACAUACAUCUUAUUGAAAUACAAUAACAAUACAUCAAGUAUAAUUUUAUAACUUUUCUUUCCCAAAAAUGUUACCCAACAGCAGAGUGCAAUGAAAUAGAGCAUUAUCUACUAACCUGUAAGUCAUGAGUUCAAAUCUUGCUGGGGCUUUUAUUAUUUUUAUCUUUCCAAACAUUUUUAAUGGUAUUUUUUGGUCAAAUAUUGUAAAAUUUAAAAAUUCUAAACCGUAUUUAGAUUAUAAUGUUCUUUAAUUCACAUUAAUAUUGACAGAUGUCCCAUACCCCCUUAAAGCAAAUGUAAAUCGAAUGCUAGAUCAUGAUUAUACUAUAAUCAGUGGAAGGAAGGAUAGUGCUAAAUUUUGCAUAUGUGUGUUUAUUUACUCUAUCCAUAUCAUUCAGUGCAAGAAAUGUCAAUUGUUACAUGCAAUAUUAUCUCAGAUAAUUGUAUUAGAGAAAUAUGAUAGUGUAGAAAGGGGAAAGAAAGUGAGAUGUGAUUUUCAUCCUUCAGGGUACUACAGUUAAUUUAAUUAGUGCAACAGAUUGUUUAAUGUUGGGUGUAACUCGUAAUUAUGUACAGUAAAACCUCUUUAGUGGCCAGCUGCCAGCUAGACUGAAUCAAAUCUCUGGUUCAGAGGGAAGGCGGUAUUUCUCGAAAACGUAAACAUAUAUUGACAGUGCUUGUCAUUAAUUGUUUAGUUGUGGUUGUGUUGAUUUAAACAUCGACAUAUAUGUACCAAGUAAACUUACAUUCAAAAUAACUAAUAUUGAUCCAUCAUCAGAUCCAAUUACCGAUAUGUUUAUUAGUUUUUCAUUUUUUAGAUGUCAAGUUUUUAUUUUUUAUAUGCAAUACAUUAUUGUAGAGGCAUUUCAUUUUUAUCAUCACAUGUAUUUUAGCAAAAUUUGAAAAAAUUUAAUUUAUUACAUGAUUUUUUUUAUAGCAGUUUAACUGCAGUACAAUAUUUACUUAUCUUUAUUUAGAAUUCUGAUACUUUCAAUGUUUGCUUAAGAUGAUUUAGGUGAUGUAACAAAGUGUAUUUGAUGUUACAUCGCUGUAAGGUUUUUAAAAAUCUGAUCAUGUAAACACGAAAUACAUGUACUUAAAACAUGA